UCCGGCGGUGGCCGCGGCCGGAACCGGAAGUGGGUUAGGUCUGGGCGGUUUCCGGUCAGUCUGCUUCGCGAGGCCGAAGCUGCUGGAGACGGAGCGCGAGCCCGAGCCCGAUGCAGGCGAUAAAGUGUGUGGUGGUCGGCGAUGGCGCAGUGGGUAAGACCUGCUUGCUCAUCAGUUACACGACCAAUGCCUUCCCAGGCGAAUACAUCCCCACUGUUUUUGACAACUAUUCUGCCAACGUGAUGGUUGAUGGGAAACCUGUGAAUCUGGGGCUUUGGGACACAGCUGGUCAAGAAGAUUAUGAUCGUCUGCGUCCACUUUCUUAUCCUCAGACAGAUGUGUUCCUAAUCUGCUUCUCACUGGUGAGCCCAGCAUCCUUUGAAAAUGUUCGAGCCAAGUGGUAUCCGGAAGUAAGGCAUCAUUGUCCGAAUACUCCCAUCAUUCUGGUGGGCACCAAACUUGAUCUGCGGGAUGACAAGGACACGAUUGAAAAGCUGAGGGAAAAGAAACUGACUCCUAUCACGUACCCUCAGGGCCUUGCCAUGGCGAAAGAAAUUGGCUCAGUGAAGUACUUGGAAUGUUCAGCACUAACUCAGCGAGGUCUUAAGACCGUGUUCGAUGAAGCAAUCAGAGCGGUUCUCUGUCCUAUCCCUGUAAAGAAGAAGAAGAGAAGAUGUUUCCUUUUUUAAAUCAAUCGUUUCCACCAGUUUACCAGGUCCACAGAGCAUCGAUUCAAAUAUGCCAAUAUUUUUUCCCUGUUGUGAUUACUUUCCUUUUUCCUUAGAGUCCCUCUGUGCAGUGCUAUUGGAACGCAUCUACUGUUUAAUUUUUUAGAUAUUUAAUGUAACAGAAGAGUAUCAGUUAUAGGUUCUAUUGGUUUUCUGUCCCCUAUCUACAUUCCCAGCCUACUGCCUGUUUACACUCCUCAAUUGUAUUUAAGUUGCCAAAUUAUCCAAUGUAACUAAAGAUAUCUGUUGCACUACAAACACUAAAUGCAUAGAAGGAACUGCCUGUUUCUAUCUGGUACUGUUUACACCUUUCCAGAACUCUUAACCAAGCAAUUAAUGCUGACCUACUCCUAGCUGUCCCAGAGCAGCUAAAACUAAUCUGUCAAUAGUUUAAACUGCAGGGGGUGAGCUGGGUUUAACAUGUGGUAUUGGAAUGGUUACAGACAUAUGAUUGUCACAUCUCUGAAGAUAUCACAGAAUUUGUACAGUUCAAAUGCUAAAAGUGCUUUAGUUGGCCGUGUUUAUUAAUUAUAUUACUGUUUAUCACAUUACCUUGCUAGUUCAAAGAUGACACAGAUGCUUUAUUGAUGCAAACGGUAAUUACAGUGAGUUAAUGUCUGCUGCUACAUAUUUAAACUUAAAAACAAAAGUCUAAGAAAAUUGGUAGUAAAAUCAGUAUGUGCUUCCAUUUGAGAGCGCUGCGGUUAACAAUUGGCAUUGAAUUGGGAGUUUCAGUAUUCUCUGGUAUAGACUAAAUGAGUGGGGGGGAACACUAUCUUUGAAGAACCUUUGUGCUGGUUUUCCUGAAUCGUUGCAUGUUUUUAAAAUAUGGAUGCAACAACAGAUGGAAUUGAAUGUUGGUGUGGUGAGAGUAAAUACACAAGCUUUGGGUAAAGAGGAGCUGGCCUUAUUGAAGGCAUUAACUGAGGCCUAACAAACAUUACUGAUUUAUAUCUUAAUGGGAUUCAUAUGACAACAUGCAUUUUGUAUGUUUCUAAAAUGGUUAUACGCAACUGUGACUAGAAAGGUUUUUGUUUAAGUCACAAAAUUUAAGUCAUUUAAUGGUCACAUUGGAAGUACUAAUGCCUCAGAUUUGAAUGCAACAAGUGUUAUUUCAUAAUCUGGAACAUAAUAAGGUUGAUAUUGCUAACUUUAGUUAUAAAACUUGAUUAUGUAGAAAAUGCUUAACGUCAGUAAAAAAGCAAUUUUAUUGCCUCUUUUUAUCCCUCCAUGUUUUAAUCAGCAUGACUACAGAUCACACAAAUCCUUUCUCACCUGUGGUUAAUUUCAAUUUUGGGAAGCCUUAAAACCAAAUAGACCAAGUCUUGCACGGAGCCAUUAACCCCUCACCUAUCCUAGUGCUCUGUUUAAUUCUACCAUAGACGCCUUAUCUAAAAUGUACAUAAUCCCAAUGUAUUUUCUACUUAAUUUUUCUAAUGGUUAUGUUCUAUGCAUGUUGCUCAUCUAUUUGGGAACAGUGAAAUCCAACAGGGAAGGACUGUUAACAGAAACAGAUGAAUCUGCUUUUUUUAAAAGAAAAAGAACAAGUGUUAAAAUGUUGGAGAAAGAGGAACUGCUUGCUUGCAUUCAUAAUUAUUCUAUAUGUUUACUGUGUGAUUUGAAUAAACAGUGAAUACUCUGUUUAGAGAUCUA